AUGGCCCAGGGUCUCCUCAAGAAGAGCAAGCCGUCUACGGCGACCGCUAAGCGGGGCGCGAAUGCCAGAACAAAGCCUGGCCCUCGCCAGAUUGCGCCGAAGAAGCAGGCUCUGAUCAAGGUUGCCAAGCUGAACAAGAAACUAACCUCCGGCCUGGUGGCGAAGACGGAGCGCAGCCUGGCUACCAAGGCUGGGCACCUGGAAAUGCUGGCCGGCGGAAAGAAGGACAAGGCCGGCAAGGACAAGAAGAAAUCAGGAACGAAUUGA